AUGUCUGCUACUGCAUUAUCCCAAGAACUCAGUAAAACUAAGAAACUGAAUGGCACCAAUUUUGCUCUCUGGAAACGUAGGAUUAGAAUGAUACUUGAUGAAGAAAAUGUUGAUUAUAUUUUAGAUAAAUCUAUUCCUGCUAAACCUACUAAUGAUAAUUCUUUGGCUGUAAUUCGUGAAUAUCAAAAAUGGGAAAAGGAUAAUAGGAAGGCAAGAAAUUGUUUGUUAACUUUUAUGGAGCCUGACAUUGAAGUUGUGUUUGAAGAAUACAAUAAUGCUAAAGAUAUGUUUGAAGCAAUUAAAGAAACAUAUGGAAAAAUAACUAAAACCUAUGUUCAAUUGUUAAUUGAAAAAUAUUAUGGUUGUGAAAUGAGAUAA